AUGGAUCGCAGGAACAUGUUAUGUUCUUCAAUGUUGGUGUUCACCAUGUUGGGUUUUCACUCGUUCUUCGCUUCGUCGCAGGUCGAAGACGACGUAAAAUGUCUGCGUGGCAUCAAGGACACCCUCUCCGACCCUCAGGCUCGGCUCGCCACGUGGCGGUUCGACAACACAACUCCUGGUUUCAUCUGCAACUUCGAGGGGGUGUCUUGCUGGAACCAAAGAGAGAACCGGGUCUUGGGUUUGGACCUCGAACAGUUUAAACUUUCGGGUCGGAUCCCCGAGGCUUUGAAGUACUGUGGAAAGAGCAUUCAAAGGUUGGAUCUAGCUUCAAAUUCUUUCUCCUCCGAGAUCCCAAAUGAAAUCUGCACUUGGAUGCCGUUGUUGGUUUAUGUAAAUUUUUCUAGCAAUCAACUUUCUGGGGCUAUUCCUCACUCGUUAUCGGAUUGUGUGUAUUUGAAUGUGUUGUUGUUGUCAAAUAAUGAGCUUUCGGGGCCAAUUCCCUAUGAGUUUGACCGUUUGCAGAGGCUUAGGAGUUUUUCUGUGGCUAAUAACAGGCUCAGCGGGAGGAUUCCUGCUAUUUUUAGUGGGUUUGAUAGGGAGGGUUUUGAAGGGAAUAAAGGGUUAUAUGGGAGUCCUCUUGAAUCCAUGAACAAGAAGAAAAGUGUUGGUGUUAUCGUUGGUGCUGGUGUGAGUGCUGCUGUUGUAUCUUUGUUACUGUCUUCUGGGUGUUAUUGUUGGUGCGAGAAGAGACAUAGAAAACAGUAA